CCAUUACAAUUAAGGAGGGGAUGGCGCGAACUUCAAGGAUGCUUCUCGAGCAAAAGUCAGGUUUUGUAUCCUCCUAUAAUUAGACAAUUUCUAUGUUCUGCUAGGUUCGUGCUUCAGAUCAUCCCAAGAGUAACGAUAACCAUUUUCAAAUCAACGCUUCUCAAGGGAUUGCAUCCGAAACCAGAAGAGAUCAUUCAGAAGGAUUGCAAUGACAACUAGUAUAGCUGCUGGAAGCAGCAAGCUGCAAUUUGGGGAGAGGGUUUGCAGGGGACAAGGUUGCAGGCAAACUUCUCGGGUUUCUGGUAUAGCGUUCCAGAGAUGCAUACAGAAGGACCUAUCAUGGUCACGUGGAGUGUCCAAGUUCUUGCAGAUCCAACGAUAUAACUUUUCCAAUUCUCCAGUUAAUCAGAAUUGGAGGCCCCUCAGGACAGUCAUUGCAUCAUGCCUGAGAGAUGGUUCCACAAAGUAUUUUGAUUUUGCCAUUAUUGGUAGUGGGGUUGCUGGUCUUCGAUAUGCUCUUGAAGUUGCAAAGCAUGGAACUGUUGCAGUGAUCACCAAGGCCGAGCCUCAUGAGAGCAAUACAAACUAUGCUCAGGGUGGUGUUAGUGCUGUGUUGUGCCCUUUGGAUUCGGUGGAGAAUCACAUGCGGGACACAAUUGUAGCAGGUGCUUAUCUAUGCGAUGAGGAGACCGUCAGAGUGGUCUGUACAGAAGGACCUGACAGAAUCAGAGAAUUGAUUGCUAUGGGUGCAUCAUUUGAUCACGGGGAGGAUGGAAACUUGCAUCUGGCAAGAGAAGGAGGCCACUCGCAUCACCGAAUUGUCCAUGCUGCUGAUAUGACAGGAAGGGAAAUUGAGAGGGCACUAUUGGAGGCAGUUAUCAAUGAUCCUAAUAUUUUCAUGUUUGAACACCAUUUUGCAAUAGAUUUGCUGACUUCUCAGGAUGGUUCGGGUGCAGUUUGUCAUGGUGUUGACACUUUGAAUGCUGAAACACAAGAGGUUGUUCGGUUUAUUUCAAAGGCGACUUUGCUUGCAUCAGGCGGGGUUGGACAUAUUUAUCCAACUACUACAAAUCCUCUGGUAGCCACUGGAGAUGGAAUGGCUAUGGCCCAUCGAGCUCAAGCUGUGAUUUCCAAUAUGGAGUUUGUGCAGUUCCACCCAACUGCUUUAGCUGAUGAAGGUCUUCCAAUCGCUCCAACCAAACCCAGGGAAAAUGCAUUUCUUAUCACUGAAGCUGUCAGGGGUGAUGGAGGCAUCCUCUACAAUUUAAGCAUGGAAAGGUUCAUGCCCAUGUAUGAUGAUAGGGAAGAGCUUGCUCCUAGGGAUGUGGUAGCGAGAAGUAUUGAUGAUCAACUCAAAAAGCGCAAUGAGAAGUAUGUGCUACUUGAUAUAAGUCACAAACCCAGAGAAAAAAUUCUCUCUCACUUCCCCAACAUAGCUGCUGAGUGCCUCCUGUAUGGCCUAGAUAUAACCCGCCAACCAAUUCCGGUGGUUCCUGCUGCUCAUUACAUGUGUGGAGGUGUUCGUGCUGGGCUCCAAGGGGAGACAAAUGUACGUGGUCUAUAUGUGGCAGGUGAGGUUGCAUGUACUGGUUUGCAUGGGGCAAACCGGCUUGCUAGCAACUCAUUGCUUGAAGCACUAGUAUUUGCAAGAAGAGCUGUACAACCUUCAAUAGAUCACAAGAAUAGCUGUAGUAUUGACUCAAGUGCUUCUGAUCGGUGGGAUCGACCAGUUGUGCCCAUGUCACUUGGGAGCAGUGUAUUGGGGAAAAUCACGAAGAGGACAAGGGAAGUGAGGAAAGAAUUGCAAUCAAUCAUGUGGAAGUAUGUCGGAAUUGUUCGGUCAACAACGAGGCUAAAAACUGCAGAGCAGAGGAUUGGGGAGUUGGAGUUGGAAUGGGAAGCAUAUUUAUUCCAGCAAGGGUGGGAGCCAAGGAUGGUAGCGCUCGAGGCUUGCGAAAUGAGGAACCUCUUUUGUUGUGCUAAGCUGGUGGUGAGCAGCGCCCUUGCUCGACAUGAAAGCCGUGGCCUUCAUUACACUACUGAUUUCCCUCAUGUUGAAGAAAGCAAGAGGCUGCCAACAAUUAUCUUCCCUUCUUCGUCUGUAUAUAGCACAUGGAGUUCGCGGCAACUUCACCAGCCACACUUGUUCUAGAAGUGCAUAUCUAUUCUUCCUGCACAAACAUGAAUGUGUAGGUACCUUUUAACAUUUUAUGUUUGAAAAUUAGCAUUCCAGCAACUUUCCAGAAGAUUGAAUUUGGUUGUUCAGCUUUUUGGAGAGAAUGCACCAGGUUGCUUUUUAUAAUUAUAUUCAGUUUUACUUUUUUCCCUCUACAUUCUUUGUUCCAAAUAAGGAAAAGUUGAUUUCAGGCCAGUAUUACUGAUUGUAUAAUCCUUGUACCCUUGGGAAACAUCAUUUUAAUUUUUUAUUUUUUGAUAUAAUUUAUUACCAGUGACUUGUAAAUGAUUUAAA